UAAAGCAAAUGUCACCAAUUAUAUUCAAUAAGGGCAAUCAAAACAAUUAGAGAAAAUAGAAACCGAGUCAACCGACCAAACCGAAAGGUCCAAUCAUUCGAAAUGACCGAGGAUAACUUUCCGACCGACCGACCCAUUUUUAAAAGAGUAAUGUGUACUUAAUUGUGGUUGAGACAUAGACACAACAACCGAAGCAGGAAAAAUGGAAAUAAAAAACUAUUGGUAUGGGAAGACAGUUAAUCUUGGAGAACCCUUCCUAGAAGAAAGCUAAAAUUUCUUCAAAACCAGCAAUGACCAUGGAGAACAUUUUCAAUAUCGUCAUUUGAUGAACCAUGUUAAUCUGAAUAUCAUGAACCAGAAGUAAAAGGUAAAAAAAAAGGUAAAUAGCACAGCCUCAAGAACAAUUUCCACUUUAAAUUAUGGCCAAGAUCAACAAAGACGCGGUUUAUGAUAUGCAAAGUUCUUGUAUGCAUAUAACUGAAACUAAAACUUAACAACAUCAAACUACGAUAAAGAAAGAGCAAACUUUCAAACUACAUUGUAAGUCAGAAAAUGGUCUACUUGACGUUCGUACCGAAUCUGAGAAUGGAAAUUUUCAGAGUUCAAACGACAGUGAGCACAUACCACGAGAAUCGAAGGAUUCCCUAAUCUAUAUGUAAUCUUCUUCAAUCAAUAGCAAUGCAUCCUUCUCCUGUUUCCCAAAAUCUCUUGAAACUGAGAAAUUUCAAGGUAAUCUCGAAAGCGUCAUUCUGAAUUACCUACAUUUAUACAUACCAAGGCAAAACAACGAAGAUUGAGCUUAACCGUCGAGGUUUGAAAUGGCAUCUUUUGGAAUUGUAGAGGGCUCAGGCUCGGGAUGUUGAAGAGAACUUUGAGCUUUCUCGAGGUAGGGCUUGAACACGAGCUGUAAGCUCAGGUAUCCGAAGGCCAAAGCUCCGAUCACCACCAAGCCAGACCUCGCCGCGUUCAACUUCGCCGUUUCCUUCAUCGGUUAUUUUCGUUCUCGCUGCCGUCCCUAGAAGACCGAGAUCAUUCCGUCGAGUGGAGUCUACGAUUUCACUUCACCGUACUUAAAAGGAGUGAGUAAACGACACGUCGAUAUUUCUACAACGAUCGGAACAAGCCUUCGACUACAUGUCGACCUAGCUGAGUCAAAACCUCUCUCUACGUGGAGUUGUUGACUUUUGCCACAUCACCUCCCUCGUGUUAUCACUCUUUUUCUCCUUCUUCUUCUUCGUUCGUUGAAAGGCGAAAAACUAAAAGAGUUAAUCGGUUAAUGUUUAUCGAUAAUCCAAAGUUAUUGAAUGUUGGCUUCCUCGGCUGUGUUUAGAAGGCAACAGUUUCUGUUACGGUCUCUUGGAGGGUUCGGUGAUUGUACCUAUCAGAAUAGACGGCUACAAAUCAAAGCCAUGAGUGGCACUUCGAUUGAGGCUGAUGCUGAUCUCAUUCUAAGAGCAAUUACACCUUGUCUUGAUCCCAAUAGAUACAAAGGCCAGGCGGGGAAGAUAGCUGUUAUUGGUGGAUGUCGUGAGUACACAGGUGCUCCCUACUUUGCAGCUAUAUCAGCUUUGAAAAUUGGUGCAGAUUUAUCUCAUGUUUUCUGCACAAAAGAUGCUGCUCCUGUCAUAAAGAGCUAUAGUCCAGAGUUAAUUGUGCAUCCUGUUCUUGAAGAAUCAUACAGUGUCAGGGAUGAGGAAAAGAAGUUCAUCGCAGAAAGGGUUCUUGCUGAGGUUGACAAGUGGCUGGAAAGAUUUGAUUGUCUUGUCAUUGGUCCAGGGCUUGGAAGGGACCCAUUUCUUCUGGAUUGUGUCAGUGAAAUCAUAAAGCAUGCAAGGCAGACAAAUAUACCAAUGGUCAUAGAUGGGGAUGGUCUCUUUCUUAUCACUGGCAAUCUUCACCUUGUAAGCAAUUACCCCCUGGCGGUCCUGACUCCCAAUGUAAAUGAAUAUAAACGUCUUGUGAGAAAUGUGCUGCUUGCUGAAGUCGAUGAACAAGAUGCUCCUAACCAAUUGCUGACUCUUGCCAAAAGGAUUGGUGGCCUGACUAUCCUCAGGAAAGGGAGGGCUGACCUCAUUAGUGACGGUGAGACAGUCAAGUCAGUGAGCAUUUAUGGAUCUCCCCGACGUUGUGGUGGGCAAGGUGAUAUUCUUUCAGGAAGUGUUGCAGUCUUCAUAUCUUGGGCCCAGCGACAAGGUUCAAUCACAGACGAUAAUUUGUCUAGCAGUCCAAAGAAUCCAACAGUGUUAGGGUGCAUUGCUGGAUCUGCUUUACUUAGAAGGGCUGCAUCACUUGCAUUUGAGAACAAGAAAAGAUCAACCCUUACUACUGAUAUCAUCGAGUUCUUGUGGAGAAGUCUAGAGGACAUUUCUCCAGCUCAGUAAUCAAAUCCACUGAUCUUGCAACUGUGCUGAAGAUACUCGUGAUUUGAUUGGUCAUGCAUGUACAAUGUUUGGCCAUACUACAAACUUGAUCAUCAGGUUCUAUUGUCUGUUAGGAUUAGAACUUUGGAACUAAUUAAAUGGAAAAUGUCUAAAGGAAUAGGUCGUGCCAUGUAGUAAGAACAGACAAAGGUAAGGGCAUCACCAUAGACAAAAUCUUCAAUAAUUUUGAGAUCCCUGUUCAAUCGUUUCAACAUUACAUGAUUUUAUGAGUUUGCAUUAUGUUGUGAUUCA